GCGGGCCGGGGGCGAGGAUGACGCCCGCGCUGGCGACUCCCCACCCUCCUCCUCAUCCUCGGGAGGCCACCGGCUGGCCGAGCGCCGCAAGGCCAACUCCCGGAAGCUCGCCUCCUCGACCGACCGGAUGGAUCAGUUCCGGGCCUACUGGAACUCGAUGAGCAUCGAGAAGCGGCUGGAUUUCCUCGCGGUCAGCAUCCCGGACCUCAGGGCGCACUAUGCCUCGUCGUCCCCCAAGGACAGCUUUGCUUCCGACAUCCUCUCGGAGGCGCUGUCCUUUGCAGAGACCAACGGGAAGUGGAGGUUCUGGGUCUGUUGCCGGUGUAAACAGAAGUUCACGGAUUCCGAUUCCCACAUGCAGCAUGUGGUGCGAGAGCACAUGGGCAGCCUCUUACCAAAGCUGCAGGCGGUGCUGCCCCGAGAAGUCAAUGGAAAGUGGAUAGAUAUGCUUGUCAAUGGGACCUGGAAGCCCAUAGAUGCCUCGGCUGCUGUGAAAAUGCUCGAAGAUGAGCAGCUGAAGUGCUGCUCGGUUCUCAUGGAUGCAGACUCGGAUGCUGGCGUCAAGGACUGUCUAUCAGGGUACUGGAAUGCUAGUGAAAACUCGGACUCUUCUCGUCCCUUCCAGCAUGGAGGGUUAAAGGACCGGGAUGUUUGUAAUGGUUUUGCUUUGAAGAACAGGAACAGUGAUGCAUCUGACUUUGAUCAUGUCUCGAGAAGAUGGCCUCUGUCUGAUGAUACCGAGAGAAGGAAGCUUCUGGAAAGAAUUCAAGGCAUGUUUCAGUUGCUUGUUAAGCAUAAGAGCCUCGCUGCGAGCAAUCUGAACAAGGUGAGACAAUUUGCCAUGGAAGAGAUCCAAGGCUUCCAGUCUGGCUCAUUGCUGCUGAACCAUUCUCUGGACCAGUCACCUCUUUGCAUUUGCUUUUUGGGUGCUUCACAGCUCCGCAAAGUCCUCAAGUUUUUGCAGGAGUUGUCACAGUCCUGUGGGUUAGGCAGAUACUCUGAGAAGGAUAGUUCUGCUGGUGAUGCAGAUAGCACCAGACAGGGGAGCGAAGUCAUUGAGGAAAUCACUCUGACUUGUGACUCAUCCACUCUCCUUUUGGAUAGUCAUUUGUUCAGUGGGAAGAUCCGUUUGGGAAAUGUUGAUAAUUCUGGUUCCGAUGAGGGUACAGACAGUGCUCCAGACACAAAUGCUCUUUUUUCUUGGUUAUUUGCUGGUCCUUCAACUGGGGAACGACUGUCGGCUUGGACUCGUAUGCGAGAAGAGAAUUCACAUCGGGGUAUGGAAAUCCUUCAGAUGCUCGAGAAGGAGUUCUAUCUCUUGCAAAGCAUGUGUGAGAGGAAAUGUGAACAUCUAAGCUACGAGGAGGCUCUGCACAAUGUGGAAAAUCUUUGCUUUGAAGAGCUUAAGAGAAGGGAACAUGCUGGGAAGUUUGUGUCUCAAAGUUAUGAGGCUAUUCUGAGGAAGCGGCAAGACGAGCUUGUUGAAAGGGAGAAUGCUGAGAAGUUCAUCAGCAGUAGAUUUGAGUUGGAUGCUAUCUCUAACAUUCUUAAGGAGGCACAAGUGCUGAAUGCUUCGCAAUUUGGGUAUGAUGAGACAUUGUCUGGUGCAACAUCUCGUCUUUGUGAGUUGGAUGAUGGGGAAGACGAUGAGUGGAGAAUGCAUGACUACUUGCAUCAAACAGAUACUUGCAUUGAAGUAGCUAUUCAAAGACAGAAGGAGCAAUUAUCGGUAGAGCUUAACAAGAUUGAUGCAAGGAUCAUUCGAAAUGUCACUGGUAUGCAUCAAUUGGAACUGAAGCUUGGCCCUGCUUCUACCUUCGAUUAUCGGACGGUUAUUCUGCCUCUUGUAAAGUCUUUCUUGCAGCUGCAGUUGGAGGAUCUAGUAGACAAAGAUGCUGCAGAGAAGUCUGAUGCUGCAAGAGAAGCUUUUUUGGCGGAACUUGCUCUGGAUGCUAAGAAGAAUGCAAAUAAGGGAAGUGAUUCAAAACAAACAAAUGAGAAGUCGAAGGACAAGAAGAAAAACAAAGAUUACAAAAAGGCUAAGGAUAUAAAGGCCGUGGGCUCUACUUUUCAGUUUCCUUUUCAUCAGGAAACUUCAGAGCAAUUGGAGUUUCUCGCUGAUGGCGACCUUUUGGAGCCUGAGCACAUAACGAGUGGUGAUCGCUUGGAACAAGAAGAGGAAUUUAAGCUUAGAGUGGAACUCGAGGCAGAGGAAAGAAAGCUUGAGGAAACUUUGGAGUACCAAAGGCAGAUUGAAGAUGAGGCCAAGAAAAAACACUUUGCAGAGCAGUUUAAGAAUGGCACAGCAUUCCCAAAAAAUGAAGUAGAAGAACCAUGUGCUAUUAAUUCAGACCCAAAUCCGGAUUAUCUGGCCAGAUUGCAUAACAACAUUCCUCCUGCUUGUCUAAAAGGCAUAGAUUUUGGUGAUUUUCACUUCCCAGAAGCAGCCAUGCAUAAGGACCAGCAAAGUAUCAAGUUUGACCAGUCAAGAUAUAAAUCUUGUAGGCUGGAUCAGCAGCUAGAUUCAGAAGUGCAGCAGCUUAGUGGUGACAACAGCGAGAAGCGACAUGAAACUAAAACUGAUGAGAUGCAGCCUUGGGGCCAGAACAAUGGAAUUCCAAACAAAGGGAGCUUAAAAUUGAUUGAAAUAGAGAAAAAUGCAGCCACUGUGAAAUCUUUCAACAAUUCUGGCCCCAAAGUAAUCAAGAAGACUAACAGCCAAUCACAUUUAAAACACAAGCAAGGCAUGUUGGGAGCUGCACAUGAUGGCUUUAUGCCUACUGAUCAACAUGCACGUAGGCAAGCUCCUAGAACAAAUAACUCUAAAUUGCCUGAUGAAAGUUCCAGAGCUUUGCCAUAUGCAGAAGUAAAUCAAUUGCAUGCACAGUAUCAGAAUGAAGUGAAUUAUGGAGCUCAAACUCCGGCUAUGGGUCUGGAUAAUGCACAUUUUGACACCAGAGAUAAUGGAGGAAAGACAUUGAGACAAUUGCAUGCCGAAGAGGAUGAUGAAGAAAGGUUCCAAGCGGACCUGAAAAAGGCCGUAUGCCAAAGCCUUGCAUCUGAGGGACAGAGAGAAGCUGUUGCGCCUACUUCGCUGAGGAUUGCUUUGAGCAACUUGUAUCCUGAUAACAAAUUCUUUCAGGAGGCUCAGAUGAAUGACGCUUCUGAGGUUUUAGCGGUAAUCUUUGAUUGCUUGCAUAAAUCAUAUACAUCUACUAGUGAAUGUGAUGCUGAAUCACAUGAAAGUAAUAGUGUGGGUUCAUGGGACUGUGCAAAUGAUUCUUGCAUAGCACAUUCCCUUUUCGGAAUGGACAUAUAUGAACAGAUGAAGUGUUACAGUUGUGGUGUGGAGUCCAGGCACCUGAAGUAUACUUCAUUUUUCCACAACAUCAAUGCAAAUUCACUAAGAACAACAAAGAUUAUGUGUGCAGAAAGUUCCUUCGAUAAGCUUUUGAAGAUUGUGGAGAUGAAUCACCAGUUAGCUUGUGAUCUAGAUGCUGGAGGUUGUGGAAAAUCAAAUUAUAUUCAUCAUAUUCUUUCAAGUCCACCUCAUGUUUUCACAACUGUUCUAGGCUGGCAGAAUUCAAAUGAAAGUGCAGAUGACAUAUCCGCGACUUUGGCAGCUAUUUCCACUGAAGUAGACAUUGGUGUCCUCUAUCGUGGUCUAGAUCAAGGGAGCAAACAUUCCCUGGUUUCAGUGGUAUGUUAUUAUGGACAACAUUAUCACUGUUUUGCAUAUGAGCAUGAACAAUGGGUUAUGUAUGAUGACCAGAUCGUCAAGGUGAUUGGUGGUUGGAACGAUGUUAUUAGCAUCUGUGAAAGGGGACAUUUGCAACCUCAAGUCCUUUUCUUUGAAGCUUUCAAUUAAUUGCUUCUUGCAAGUACUCAUGCCUGAAAAUAGAUGGUCAUCAUAAGUCUCUGCUUUUCAGCUGCUGUUCAUGAUCACAUCAUCUAGCUGCUACUAUGGAUAGAUUGGCAUCCUGUUUCUGCCUUUGAUCAUCAUGGCAACACUUGCCAUGAUUCCAUUAGCAUGCGCUGGUGAUCCCUUGAAGCCAUGAUGCAUCAAUUAGAUCAGCUGUUCCGGUUUCACAAUGUCAUCCUUCGCUGCCAUAAGGGAGAGAAAAUCUUUGAUGGACAACAGUGAUUCAGGCUAUUGACACUGAAGAAACAAAUAUUUUCCUUUUUUUUAACAAAUUAAACUCAGCUCCUCACCCAUGAAAAGAUUUUUGUUUUUUCUUCAAUAAGGUGGUACCUACAUCUAACCAUCUUGAAGUCAAAGGUUCUUACUAGUUGCUGGCAAGAGCUGCACAGUACAGUUUAUAUAAGUAACCUUUCAAUCUACACCUGAGAUCAAGUGCAAUCUUGUGCAUAGAAUUUUUUACGGCAAAUGUCCUUAGACUGAUUCUGACUUCUAUGUGUCAUGAGGAUGCCAAUGGAAAAUGUAAUGCUGGCUGCAUCACUGAGAUACUUAUAGGAACCAUUGUAAUCUGAUAACCUUGCUGCAAGAUGCUGGGGAAACUAAGGAGCAUUUAUUUUCCUAUGUAUAGUCUUGUACCUCAGUGUGGCAGCAAUAGUGUGAAGAAUUUGUUAGAUGAAAAGAAUCAUAAGAACAGUUGGCUUUUCAUUUUUCCCUCCUAGAAGUCAAUUUUUGUUAAUUUGUGUUGUAGAGGUGGUGAGGAACUCAUUAUGGUGGUGAUGACGGCCAAGAAAAGAGUUGUAGAAAGUUUGACUUUUCAUGUUCUUUUGAAGUUACCUUUUUUUUUCAAAAAUUGCUUUCUUUUGUUCUUGCUCAAAUAUUAAGUGGUUGUAAGAUUUUCCGAGUAUGGUUCCCUAUUUGUAAUAGGUACAAAUCUAAUAAAUAUAUAGGUAAGAGCAAUAAGCAUUAUUCUCUGUUUUUUUCUUCUUUUUUUUUCCUUUUAAAAUUCUGAUGACCAUGACAGCCCUAUCAUCUUCCACCAGUAUUCUGGGCACGUGUUUCUUUGUUAUAUCUUGUCCUUGCCUUGCUACAGAGAGAUUGAAUGAAGAUUGUGAUGAUGAGGACAUGAAUCGGAGCCAUGUUGAUGUUUUGAUACUUGAUGCUUACAGUUUUCUUAUAACAUGAUUCCAUUUUCAAAAUUCAGGGAGGGAAUACUAUGAAGUAUGCCAAAUGUUAAGUUUUGCUCCCAAGUGACUUCUGUACUAAUGCUGUUGCACAACAUCACAGGUGGUUUUUGUAAACCUAUAGUGUUAUUCUUUAUAAUGUACUGAGCAUAGUUGAAUUUAUAGCACAGUAAAAAUAUAUGAAGAUAUUUCCAUUAUUGGUAUGAUUUGUCAAA